UCCAUUAACGUGUUGGUGCAACUUGAAGGAUUUGAUGUGUGAGAGCUCUUGCUUGGCCACCAAGUCAUGAACGUUGAUGCCCCACGAUACAAACAACUUUUUGUAUCUCAAAGCCCCCUUUUCCCCUCACUCUCAGCGCAUGUCAUCGGUGACGUCGAUGAGAAUGGACUCUGGGUACCUAUAAAAAAAGGAUGAACCGCGACCAGUAGUAUCUAUCGCCAAGCGAGCGAGCCCAAAGCAUGGACAGCUGCUCUAUCUUUCUCGCCUUCCUCUUCAUCGCUGUCUCCUUAGCCAUCCUCCUCUUCCGCCUCCCGCCUUCUGAGCGCAACCGCAAGGGCAAAGCUCGACGUCGCCUCCCGCCUGGCCCAGCGGCGCUGCCCAUCAUCGGUAACAUCCACCAACUGGGCUUCAACCUUGCCCAUAUCGUGCCCUCCCUCCGUCGAAUUAGAGCUCGUUAUGGGCCGGUCUUCCGCCUCUAUCUUGGCAAACAAACAGUGGUUUUCAUUACUAGUCGUGACCUGGCCCAUCAGGCCCUGGUUCAGAUGGGCGCAUCCUUGGCAGGAAGGCCUCUUUCCCCUGCCUUUGCACGCAUCAUCAAUCUCAACCAGCACAACAUCAACUCUGCGGACUACGGCCCGUUGUGGCGCCUCUUUCGCCGCAACCUCAUGGCAGAGACGCUCAGCCCGGCCCGGACCAAGGCCUUCUCGGAGGGUCGGCGGUGGGUCAUGCAUGUCUUGAGAAACAGGCUACGAGACGAAGCCGAGCAAAGGGGCGGAGUAGUAACCCCCAUCGACGCCUUCCAUCAUGCCAUGUUCUGCUUACUCCUCUUCAUGUGUUUUGGGGAGAAGCUGGACGAGGUCACCGUCCGAAAGGUAGAAAGGGCGCUGCGUGACCUGCUCGUCAACUUUUCCCGGUUCAACCUAUUGGGCAUCUUCCCUUGGCUUUCCAAGAUUUUCCUCCGAAGACGGUGGCAUCAUCUCGUGGAGCUCAAGCGCAACGAAGUGGAAACAUUGCUUCCCCUCAUUCGAGCCCGGUUGACCGUCGAGCAGAAGAACAGGUUCUGCUACGUGGAUUCACUCCUCACUCUACAACACCCGGAGGGGAGGCGACUCAGCGAAGGGGAGAUCGCCACACUUUGUGGAGAGUUCCUCGACGCCGGCACAGACACGACGUCGACAGCGCUACAGUGGGUGAUGGCCAACUUGGUGAGGAGCCCCGAGAUUCAAGCCAAGUUGUAUAGCGAGAUCGUGAGCGUCGUGGGGGAUCGUGAGGAGGUGGCAGAGGAGGAGGUAACGCAGAUGCCUUACCUUAAGGCGGUGAUUCUCGAGGCGUUGAGGAGGCAUCCACCAGCACAGUUGCUGCUGCCGCAUGCAGCUACUGAGGAGGAGGUCAGCGUUGCCGGCUAUCACAUACCAAAGAAUGCGACUGUGAACUUCGUGGUUGGGGAUAUGGCGUUGGACGAGGAGGUGUGGAAAGACCCCAUGGAGUUCCGGCCAGAGAGGUUCAUGCCAGGAGGGGAGGGCGAAGAUGUGGACAUCACCGGCACCAAGGGGGUAAAGAUGAUCCCCUUUGGCGCGGGCAGAAGGAUAUGCCCCGGGAUGGGCUUAGCGGUGCUGCACCUCCAGUAUUACGUAGCCAACUUAGUCCACGAAUUUGAAUGGUCCGUCGUACAGGGUGAAGAGAUAGACCUCACCGAGAAAGUCGAGUUUACCGUGGUGAUGAAGCACCCUCUCAGGGCACGCCUUGCACCUAGAAACCGAAACGUCGCUGCUGCAUAGAUAGAUAGAGCGAGAGGUCCAUUUCUCGAGUGGCUUGGGCUCUUAGGAAAUUCAUGUAUCAUGCAUAAGUUGUGAUAGGGACUGUGACGUGCCGGUUUGGCGUAUAAUCUUUAUAUAUCGGUCUGACUGGUUAUACA